AUGGGGCUGCAUUUCAAGCCCACUAAGUGGAUAACAAAGACUCAACAGGAAGUAAACAGAGAGAAGUUGGACACGAUCAAGAUGCAAAGCAAAUUCCGUUUAAUUCGGGCGCUGCUCCGGAACCGGCGGGCCGCGCUCUCGGAGUUCCGCGGCCAGGAGCACCUGCUCGCCCAGCUCGGCCGGGACCUGGUGCACAGUAUCCGGGGUCUGGACGACAGCGCGGCCCGGAGAGUGCAGGCGAUGCUGCAGCAGCAGCAAACCCUCUCGACCAUCAUCGACGUCUUGGACUACGUGCAUGAGAAGAAGCUGCAGGAGCUCCAGAGGGAGGCGCAGGAGUGGGAGGCCCAGGAGGACCGGAGGGUGCAGGGCCUGGAGAAGCAGAUGGACCAGCUGCAGGCCCAGAUCCAGAAGAUGCACGAGCAGGUGAACUUCCUGAGCACCUACAUGGACCACGAGUACCCGGUCAAGUCCAUCCAGAUUGCCACGCUGGGGCGCGAGCUGCAGCAGUUGAAGGACAGUCAUCAGGAGGAGCUGGAAGACCUCAGGGAGAUACAGAGCAAGGUCCUGCAGUCUUUGCACGGCCGGCUGCAGAGGAAGAGGAAGAGCAUCCUGCACUCGCUGGUGAUGAAAGCCUUGUACCCCCACCAAGAGGUUCUUCUCCAGAAGACCCGAGAGACCCGGGACUUGCUGAGAUACAAGGAGAAGUUCGGAGGGUACAUCGCCCAGCUCGAGGAGGCGAUGCCUGCGUUAAGGGCUGAGGUGAAACAGCUCCAGCAGCACGUCCAGGAGCCCCGGGAGGUUCUGUUCGCUGACAUCCUGCUCCGGAGACCCAAGUGCCCCCCUGAUAUGGAUGUCAUCCUUGACAUCCCCGUGGAAGAGGUGCUCCCCUUCUAGGUGACAUGCUCUGCGCCCUCCCUCCGUGCUCCCCGCUCUUCCAGCAGCUGGAACUGAGCUCAGGUCACCUGCUUCUAGAUUGCGGCCCGGGAAGGAAACAGCCCUCCCUCCCUCCCUCCUCCCUCCUCCCUCCUCCCUUCUCCCUUCCCUUCCCUUCCCUUCCCUCUCCUUCCCUCUCCUUCCCUUCCCUCUCCUUCCCUCUCCUUCCCUUCCCUCUUUCCUCUCUUCCUUCUCCCUAGCUUCCUUCCUUCCUUCUCACCCUCCCUCCCUUUCUUUUCCCUCUCUCCCUCCUUUCCAUCUCUCCUCCUCUCCUGUCCCUCCUUUUCCUUCCUUGUACUAUCGGGGAUGCCCACCAAGGGGGCCAUUCCUUUUUUUCAAUAAAACACAGUUUUU